AUGGAUUUGCAAACGGAGAGCACGGACCCCCCGCCUUGUGAGACACAGUCGAGUGGAAAAAUCAGGAAAGGAUUCAAGCUGUUUGGCAAGCGCAAGCCAGGUAACAUCUUUUCUAUCCGGAACAAAGGAGAUGAAAACAACAAGUCACCUGUUAAAACGGGCAAAACCCUGGAUGGAUUAUCAGAGACGGCUGGCCCAGAUUCAGAGCAGGAUUCAGACAAGGAAAAAGGACAUGAGGUGAGUCAAGGAGAGAGGGAGCAGGCAGAGGAAGAGCCACUCAGUGAAGAUGGCGUUCUGGCUGCCGCCCCUCCUCGCACCUCUAUUUCUUCAGUCAGCUCUGUCAGGUCCCUCAGCUUCCUGUCUUUACUGAGAGGAGGGCGGAGAGGAAUGGGGGACCAUCGAGCCCACACUGUGUCCCAGCCAGUGGGUCGGCAACGACGUGGGCUGAAGGGUCUCUUUGGCAAUGUGAAGUUUCGAUCAAAAGACAAAGAGGACAAGGAGGAAGCCCCUCCGAGCCCACUCCUCAUGUCAUCCCGCGCCAACAGUGUGGAAAUCAUCAAAGAGGACCUCACCCUGACCCCUAAAUCCCAGCCACGCUCUUUGGGCAGCCCAGUUACUGAGCCUAUCAGGAGUGUAACAGCAACGAGCCCGUCAGACACCGAAACUCCCGAGGAGACUUCAGGCAAUGUGAGUAGUACUAAUGAGCAUGUGCCGCCCCUUCCUGACUGUGAACCCCCCUUGGUACCUGGUGAUAACAGCCUGAGUUCCUUAUUGGCAGACAUCUCCUCUCUCCUGACCUUUGAAUCAAUCUCUGGAGGUGAUAUCAUGGCUGAUGUGGAGGCAGAGUGGGGAAAAGCCAGCAGCGCCAUCAGUGCUGUGGUGACCGAUGUCACACCAUCAUCCACAUCUCUCUUCUCCAAACCCUCCAUCUCCUCCCCGCUGACUUCUACCUCUGUUAGUACUGUGGACAAGGCAAAACCCUCUCCUGUAGCCUCAACCCAAUCCCCUACCCCUCUGAGUAAGACAUCUACAACUUCUUCUCCCAUUGCCAAGCCGAGCACCAUCAUCACAACACUGACCAAAUCUUCCACUUUGACCACUCACUCAGUUAAACUGAGCUCGGACUAUGCUCCAGUCUCCACCAGCACUACCCCUGUAGUGCUUACAAGCUUCUCAGCUUCAAAAAUGUCUUCCCCUUUAUUGACAACUAAAUCCACACUGAGCACCACCUCUACUGCAACCAUAGCUCCUCCAAACACCCCAGCUACUGUAGUCAAACCUCCCUCAGUUAGUCCAACUCUUACCUCUACCAUUAGCAAACUGGCUUCAGAGACUGCUGCACCACCUCAAUUUCCUACUUCAGUAAGUAAACUCAGCCCUGCAGCUACACCUGCCCCAGUAAAACCUCCAGUAACCCAUAGCCCUCCAGCUCCUGUUUCUAAUACCCAACAUCCACCUAUCAAAUCAGACUCAUCUGGGGUUUCUGCCCUGCAAACUUCCACUUCCUUCAAACCUUUCACGACUUCAGUCACAGCAGAAUCUAAAUCACCGGCGGCAGAGUCACUGGCCAGUACUCUGGCGGCCAAACCCUCCUCUCCUGCACCUGUAUUCCCCCCUAAGAUGACAACAGUCCACACACCAACUACAACCUCAAGCUCAGUAUCUCCUGCACUUUCCAAGCCCCAACUUACAUCCAGCUCAAUUGACAUAACCAGGACGACUACUCCCCUUGCAACUGUCCCAGAUCUUACUUCGACUUUUUCUACGUUUAAGACCCAACCAACCCUUGCAUCUGCCGCACCUCCCUCAUAUUCGCUUGACAAAUUCCCUCCUGCCUAUAAACCCCCUCCUGCACCAGUCUCUUUAGAUAAGGCGGCACCUGCUCCAACAACAACUCCAGUCCCUGCCAGUCAUCCUGGUGUUGCUGUGCCAUCCCAAACACCUUCUGCUUUGGGCCAGACCCUGCUCUCUCAAUCUAAAGGUCCUUCUGCCCUUGCAACAGUUCCUGGAUCUAAAGAUGUCCCUGCUGCCGCAGAAAUGCAAAUUUCUCAAUCUAAAGAUACUCCUCUCACUGCUCGGAUCCCAGUCUCUGUAUCUAAAGACCUUCCUGCUCCUGUUUCUGCUCAAGUUACUCAAUCCAAACUCCCACCUGCCCAAGCUCAAAUCCCAGUCUCUAUACCUAAAGACACUCCUGCUCCUGUUUCAGCUCAGAUCCCAGUUUCUGUAAUUAGAGACCCUCCAGCUUCUUUCUCGGUUUCUGUUUCUAAAGAAACUACUGCUCCAGUCCAAGUUUCUGUUUCUAAAGAUACUCCUGCUCCAAUCCAAAUUUCUGUAUCCAAAGACACUCCUGCUCCUGCACCCGCUCAGAUUCAACUUUCUCACUCUAAAGCCCCUUCUACACCCACCCCUGCCCCAUGCCCCGUCUCUUCUUCUUCUUUUUCUUCUCCCCCUCCAUCCCAGCAGAGUGAGGCCUCAGUCUCUGCUCAGACAAGAGGACGUGAACAGGCAUCAGUGGAUGAGAAGCUUUCUAGUCCAAGUAGCACAGAUGUCCUGAGUUGUCAGAUGGUGGCAGACAAAACAGCAGAGCUGCCUAAUGAGUCACGAGCGAGCCUCCAGAGAGAGAAGAAGACGCCACAAGCAAAGGCAUCCGGACUAAGCAAAAUACCUGUGGUCGGAGGGGGCAGAGCUGGCAGGUUACCUGUUCGGGAUAGUCAACAUCCGGAUGAUGAAACAAGCAGGGACCCACCGACUCCAGUGCAAGAGGAAGAGAGGCCAAAUUUCAACUCACAUGAUGCAGAAAUCAAAGAUAAGAUCAGAGAUGGUGAGGUGAAUGUGCCAACCUCAAAACACAGCCAAGAGGAGAGUCAGCAGCAGAAAGUUAUCACCAGUUUACCGCGUGACUCCAAGAUCCCUGUGAAGCAUGGUGCCUCGCAGAUCCCUCAAGCUAAAGAACCACCACGCACGAAAAUACCAGUGUCAAAGGUCCCUGUCCGCAGGGUUGGAACUAAACCUGCAGCUGUAGGUGGCGGCACCCAGAUAAAAAAAUAA